CUGAUCAUGACAAUAGAUGCGGCUCGUAAGGUUAUGGGGUAACUGACUAUGUAGACCGUUCCCAGGCUCAAAUGCACUGCACCGCGCGUAGCGACAUCCGACCCUGAUCAGCUGCCUUCGCUCCGUUCUCUCCUUUGCUUUCUCGCCCUUUCCUCUAUUACCCAACAACCCUACUAGCAAGCCGUCGAAUUCAAAUGGCGUGCGAUACGACCCCGCGCCUCGGCCAGUCCUUAACCCGCAGCUCGCCCCGCGACUAGCGGAAUACGUGGCGCUGCUGGAACCCCCCGCUGUCGAGGCGGAGAUUAGGAGGCUCGCGAGAAUGCAGCGGGGUCGGCGGAAGCUUCGCGCGGGCUGGCAGGGAUGGCAGGGGGGGGAUGGGGGGGUCGGGGGGAUUGGGGGAAUGCAGGGGGGGAUGAGGCAGAGGAGGAAGAUGAGGCGGAUGAGGAGGGGGAGGGGGACGACAGGAAGGACGGUGGGGAAGAGCUAGGAUACGAGGAGGAAGAGGAUGGAGACAAUGAGGACUGGGAGGAGGAGGAGGAGGAGGAGGAGGAGGAGGAGGAGAGGAGGUUGUUUGACGAUGGCGUGUUUGUCCCUGAGCUGCUCUGCCUGCUGCCGGCUCUGGCGCUCAAGUGCCCUGCUCUCGUGCCGCCAGGUCUGGCUGUUCUCGGAUUGCUUGCUUCCAGGCACGGCCCGAGCCUGAUCGCAGGUCUGGUGGUCCAAACGUCCCAGCAAUUCCGAGCCUCUGCGAUUAAACUUAUCACUCGAGUCCUGGCCCGAACCUCUACUCCCAUCUCCCCCUCCGCCUCCUCCCCCUCCGCCUUCUCCCCCUCCCUUCAACCUAACAUCCAGCCUGAUCCCACAAAAUUGGGUGCUGCUGCAACGAGUGGUGCUGCUGGUGAUGCGUCUGCUGCACCUAGGAAUGUUCCUUUGCCUACAGGGGCAGGCAGAAAGGGUGGCGCCGCUGCUGCCGGUGGUUCUGCCGCCAGUGCUGGUGACGCUGGUGCGGCUGGCCUGCAACGGGUGUCUGUUUCUGGACCUGGAGCACCGAAACGACCCCAUGCGUUUGUCUUCCCCCGAGGCUUCUCCUCCAAGCCACCCCCGCUGCCACAGAGGCAAGCUGAGCAGCAGAGGGGUCCCUCUACUCGUCCCACCCACGGCUCAUAUGGUCAAAAGCAGACCCACGGCUCAUAUGGUCACGCUCCCCACCAUCCCCCCCCUCCAUCCUCACUGCACCCUCCUCCCUCCAUUCCCCCCACCAAUUCUCGCCUCACCACUACUCCCACCAUCUCCCCCACUGGUGCUGCUACAAGUUGGGCUUCCUGCACCUUCCGUGCAGCUUCCCUUGCCUUGGUUCGCAUCUGCCAGCUGGCCGUUGCUACUGCUGCCACGUCAACAAGCACAGCUACAGCCGCAGCUACAACCCCCCCGGUGCUGGAAGACCCUCUUGCCGUUCCCAGGGCCUGCCGGGCCGCGUUGCUGAGUCAGCGCGUGCUUGCUGAGUUGGCGGUGCAGAUCACGGUGGAUCUGAUCGGCGAUGAGCUGGCGUUCUUCCUCUCUGCCCUACCUGCUUCUCUAGCCGAUCCCCUAUUGGCCAGAAGCUGCUGCUGGAGCUUCCUCAUAGCGCCCUACAGGCUGGCAAGGGGGGGAAAGGCAGAUCAGCAGCAAGAGAGGGAAGGGGAGAGAGAAAGGGAGGAGGAUUCUAUCCCCAGGAGAAACCUCCCUGCUGCCUCGUUUCCUUGCCUCAGUGCGUUUGAUCCGCGAGAGUUCUUUUCUUCAAAGGUGACUUGGAGCCCAUUGGUGCCACAUCGUGAGGAUAAUGUUUUGUCACAAUCAAGUACCGCUGCAGGAGCAGAAGGCGGGCGCGCACAAGGAGGAGGGAUCAAGGAGCAAGGGGAUUCAGAGGGGAGGAGAGCAGAUGAGGGUGAGGCAGCUGCUCCUGUGAAGGCAGUCCUGCUGCAAAAUGCUGCUGAGAGCCAAUCAGAAUGCGCCAUGUGGCGCGCCAGGGUGGCGUUGCUGGCAGCGGCAGAGGCAGAGGCGGAGAGAGUAGGGCUGGGUGUGAGGCGGGGUGAGGUUGAGGAGGGAGGGCCGGCUGGGGAAGAUGAGAGGUUAGAGGGUACAAGGGGGAGAUGGCGGGGAGAUAAGGCCAGGAAGGGGGCUGUAGGGAAGGAGGAGGGUGGUGAUACUGGCCGAGACAGGGGAAUGGAGGCCAACGCCAAGGCACAGGGGUUGAAGGAAGGCCGGCAAGUGGCGGGGAGAUGGUCGGCAGAGCUGUCGGGGCACGUGCGGCUGUUUUGUCUGUUGUGCGGGUGCGGCGUGGUGCAGCUGGAGGGUGCGGGGCCUGACAGCCUGGCAGCGAGAGAGGUGUCGUUCUGGCUGUCAGCAAUUGUGCAGGCCACAGGAGGGCCCGCCAGCACAUCCCAGCACAGGGAGCAGCAGCAGCAGCAGCAGCAGCAGCACCACCACCACCAGGGAGAAUCUGCGAAGUCCACGCCCCAACCCACCUUCUUUCCUGGGGGCCUCGUGCCCCUGGCCCUCUCCCUCCUCGCCCUCAUCCCCCCGUCCCUCGCCUCUUCAUCCCCCCUCCACCCGCUCUACCUGCAAGCAGCGCGCGCUGUUCUCGCGCCACCUCUCUCUCUCAA